AUUAACGUACUGUUAGAUAAUAGUUUUUAAAUUUUAUCUCGUUAAUUAGGCAACUAAGCUAAUAGGUUUGUUUUGGUAUAACAAUGGAUAAUUGUUAGUGUUACCAAGACUGUCAAAAGGCAAAGAUGUUAAAGGCUACGGCCCUGCUUUUAAUAUUCUCAUUUCUGUGCCAAAAUGAAGCUUUUCCAUCAUACUAUAGCUUUAAAGCUGAGGAUAUCGUUGGAGGCAACGUCGUGGAGAAAAUUCACAGUCUCAUAUACUCGGUUGAGGAAAUACAAAUUUUUGAAUUAGCUAAUGCUCCAACGUUCUUUCCGAUCGGCCGAGACUUUUUCGAGCUCAUUGAAUAUCUCCAUUUACUAAACAUUGACAGAUACACCAUUCAAGACAUUCGCGAUUAUGCUUUUAAAGAAGUCCGGGCGAUUCACAAAUUGAUCUACGAACACGAAAUGAAAAUUUCUGAAUUUGUGGAGCUUCUGGCCAACACGGCAUUCCACGUUCGCAGCCGCGACAAUGAGGUGGAAAAACUGGUGCGCGAUCUGCGGGGCAUCGAGGACGCUUCGACUGCACUCAUAAUUGACGUUUGGGGAAUUAUCGUCCGGAUCGAAUCUCUCUCUGAAGAGUUUGCUUUUCGAAUGGAGGAUGCGAUUUUGGCAGUGGACGUUAAAAUUCCAAACGCAUUGGACGAAAUCCGUGAGAGGGUGACCAAUUUGGGACAAUCAUACGUGGACAAAUACGAUGGUUUUGCAAAUUUGAUGGAAAACGUGCAGCAGAAAUUUGGAGAUAUGCUGCAAGCCCUGGUGCUAUACAUUGAUUUGGCCAAGGAGGAGGCAAAGCAUCAAAUUUUGGACAGUAAAAACUAAUUAUAAAAUCAAAGGCGACCAGAAAAAAAUUUGUUUUGACAAUGCUUUGUGAGUACAGCAUAAAAACCACAACAAUAAUUUCCUAUAAUUAAACAGUCGAAUCUCUCUGAUUGUGGUUCGCUGGCGUUAUUAUUCUUAAAUGUACAAAAAAAUUGACCAUAGCUAAAUAAUUUUUUUGCUUCCCAAAAUUG